AUGUCAAAAGUGCUGAUGUCUAUGGUUGGCAGAAAGGUGCUAGGUGAAACCGCUAAGAAUCACUUUGGUACUGAGGAUCCCUACUUCGAAGAAGUCCCUGCUUCACGCCUUGGUCGUACAUUUGGAAAAAAGACCCAAAAGCGUCGCAAGGCCAUCCCGCCGGGCCUCUCUGAGCAUGAUGCCAAGGUCCUGACCAAGGUCAAACGCAGAGCCUACCAACUGGAUUAUGCUCUUUUCAGCUUGUGCGGAAUGCGCUUCGGCUGGGGAAGUGUGAUUGGACUUAUUCCAUUCAUCGGCGAUGCUAGCGAUGCUGCGCUCGCAAUGAUGGUAGUAAGAUCUUGUGAAGGGAUUGACGGUGGACUUCCUCCUGCUUUGCGCGUGAAGAUGUUAAUCAAUGUGAUACUCGACUUUGUCAUUGGCCUCGUCCCUUUCAUUGGCGAUCUUGCCGAUGCAGUAUACAAAGCAAAUACUCGAAACGCCGUCAUUCUUGAAAAUCAUCUGCGCCAAAAGGGUGCCAAAGCGGCCUCAAAGCAGAGUAGGAGAAGACAAGAGUCGAUAGUCGAGGUUGACUACAGUCUUCCCGAUGCAUUUGACAGGCAGGAAGAUGGAGUUUUGGGCGACCGUCCACCAGCCUAUCACGAGGCGCAGCCAUCGGCUCAUGUGGGAAGGAGCAAUGCUGCCCCCCGGCCGGCCAAACAGUUCCGGAACACGUCAUUUGGCAGAUGGUUUGGGGGAGCGGGCCACCCGGAAGAUGAUUUGGAGCGAGAUGGAACGAGGUAG